AUGGUGGGGUCGCCUGAGUUCGUGAGCCUGGUCAAGGCUCAGUUCGAGGUGCUCGCCACGGUGCUGGGAGCGGAUCGGGUCGUGCUGUAUGCGAGAAGAGAGAGCACCGAAACAGGUUCCUUGGAGUUUGUUCCUGCCAUGGAGUAUCCCGAGAGGCCGCCGCCUGCGUGGAGCAUGGACAUUGACGGUGUCCAGAUGCAUGAGCACCAUGCUAGCAGCGAGCUGUUGCUCCCGGCAGCCGCCGGGCAGGAGAUGAAUGCCGACUCCCCCGAUGCGGUGGAGGGAGGCGACGGUGACCUGAGCGCUCCCAUCGUGCAUUCCUCUUUACUGCUGGGAAUGAUUACCGUUAUUAAGAAUGGGAACAGCGACGGUGAAUCUAGGCCGCCUUCAGCACGGGAGAACGCUGCCCCGAGGGACAUCGAAAAUGCUCGAGUUUUGUGGGGCGAGCGGGACAAAAGGCUGCUGGAAACAAUUGCCAGGUCGGUGGGGGUGGCUGCUGUCCUCGACCAGAAGCAGAGGUGGGCGGCUGUGAUGCAAGUCGAGCCGCUGAGAAAGGUUGUGGCGGAGUCUCUCCACCAGGUGAAGAAUCCCAUGACGGCGUUGAGGACGUUCGGCAAGUUGCUGCUCAGAAGGCUGCCGCAGGAUGACACGCUUAAUCGAGAGCUGGCGAAGGACAUUAUUCUGCAGUCUGACCGCCUCGUGGACAUUCUUCUGCCAGUAGACGCGGUGCUCGGCCUGCUAGCCACGGCCGUUGAACGAGAGCGAGAGGCGCAGAUGCCAGGGGUGCAGGACGCUCUGCUGUCGCCACCAGCCCCGACCGGGAUGGAGGAAACGGUGGCGUACGAGAUGAUGCCGUUCGGGCUUCUCUCCGUGGAAGACGUGAUCCAGCCGGUUACUAGGGCGGCGCAAGCGGCCGCCAAGGAAAGGCGGGUCGGCUUCAGGUGGCGGGUGGACCAAGAUCUUCCCGAAGUCGUUGGCGACGAGCGGGCCUUGGAGGAGGCCUUGUCCAACGUCGUGGAAAACGCGCUAAAGUUCUGCAAGAUGGGGCGCGGCGAGGGCGGGAAGGACGGCGGGGUUCGUGCGACGGUGGUCUUGAGGGCCCGCCUGAGCGCGGAACCCGAGUGGGGAGCCGAGAGCGGCGUUGUUAUAGAAGUCGUGGACAACGGCCCGGGCAUCGAAGCAGAAGACAUGCCGUACAUCUUCGACCGCGGGUACAGAGGGAGGCAGCCGUUACAGUGCGGCAUUCCGGGGACGGGCCUCGGCCUGGGCAUCGCCAGGGACACGAUGCGCUCGUUCGGCGGGGACCUGGAGGUUGUGAAUAUGAAGAGGGACACGGAUGGUGAUGGUGGUGCCGGUGGUGGCUUAAAGGACGGGGGCUGGGGGACGGGGGUGAAGCUGUACCUGCCGAGGGGGGAACGAAGGACAUCAGAGGGGGGGGGAUGA